AUGCCCCUCAGCGUCGAUAUAGAGAGAUCUGACACGAGGCCGUUCCCGCCAGGCACCGUGCAGCUAGAAGACCUCACUAACCAGCGACAACACGGGCGGGUCAUUUUACAACCGGUCCCGAGCGAUGACCCGAAUGAUCCGCUGAACUGGUCGCGCUCGCGAAAAAAUGCCAAUUUCGCCCUUGUUUGCUUCUAUGCUUUGAUUGUCUAUGCCAUCAUCGAUAUUGGCACGGUUGUCUAUGGCCAAGUCCACGAAGAGCUUGGCUUUUCGUUUGAAGAACUCAAUCAAUCCUUUGCCGUCUCCACUGCUGGCUUAGCAAUUGGCGGUAUCAUGUUCAUCCCCUUUGCAUUCAAGUUCGGUCGGCGUCCCGUUUAUCUCGUCAGCAUCGUCAUCAUGGUAGGGACGACCAUCUGGCAGGCGCGUAUGCGGACCCUCGGCGACUUGUACGGGUUCAACAUAGUCUCCGGGUUGGCAGGCUCAAUCACUGAGACAAUUUGCGCUCUGACGAUAGCCGACUUGUUCUUCGUGCACCAGCGCGGCUCGCGGACAAACAUUCUCACCAUCAUGGUAUGCACCGGUACUUACCUGGCGCCUGUUGCAGCUGGUUACUCUGCCGCUUCACAAGGCUGGCGCUGGAUAUGGUGGUGGAGCUCUAUUCUAGCUGGAGUGACACUGCUCUUGUUUGCUUUUUGCUUCGAGGAGACCGUAUAUACACCCAUGGUUCGAGGAGACAUUCCGGACGACAUUGAUGGCAUUGAGCAAGACCGGAAAAGCAAAAUCACUGGCGCAGACGCGUUAUCUAUGGAACAAAGCAACACGCUGGCCGACAUUCCACUCAAAUCAUAUUGGCAACGGAUGUCGCUCUUCACCAUUGCUAGUGGUGGGAGUAGUGCGCUCUUCAUACAUAUCUAUCGGCCCUUUAUCAUUCUUUUUACCUUUCCCGGAGUUGCGUUUGUCGCCCUGGUGUACGGGUCACAGCUUGCCUGGCUUGCCAUCCUGCUAAACGUGCAAGCGAUAUACUUCACUUUGCCUCCAUACAACUUCUCCUCUUCAGGUGUGGGGCUCCUCAACAUUCCCACCUUCAUCGGCUCCAUUCUAGGCGGUUUCUUCGGUGGGCAAUUGUCCGAUUACAGUAUUCAAUGGCUCGCGAGACGAAACGGUGGAGUUUACGAGCCUGAGAUGCGUCUAUGGCUGGCUCUGCCUACUGUUCUAAUUACACCUGCUGGGUACUUCAUGUUUGGUCUCUCUGUUUCACAGGGCAUGCCAUGGUAUAUCCCCGCUGUUGGCUUGGGAAUCUUUGGCUUUGGAAGCACAGCCCUGAGCAAUGUUUGCAUUGUAUAUCUCUUAGACUCGUACAGAGAUGUAAUUGGUGAUGCAAGCAUCGGUGUCAUGUUUGUCCGCAACGCCUUUGGCACUCUCACUGCCAUGUGUUUGAGUCCCUGGAUUGCGAAGAUGGGCCUGUACAACAUGUGUACCCUUUCGGGCUGUCUCUGCAUUGCCGUUACCUUGCUCACGGUGCCAAUGAUUAUCUGGGGCCGACGAUGCAGAGAGUGGACUGCUGCGCGAUACCUUGCCAUGGCAUAA